AUGGCGGCAGCCAGCGAAUUUCCGACAGAACUGGCGACCCGUCCUUUGGGUCUCACAGCUCUUAUGGGACUUGAUAUUAAUCAAAAACCUUUGCACAAAGCUAUCUGGGAGUCUUUUUCUGUGAACAGGCAUCCUGAGAGAGUUCCACUAUCUUUCAGACUUUUACCAAUUGAUCACGAAUUUCCCAAAGCAAAAUCAAAGGUGAGCUUUCCUAUCGCUUUUAAGUGUAGUUACUCUUAAAUCCUUUGAUUACGUGAAAUUCUUCUUAUUUUGGUUACAUUUAAGCUCUUUCAGUACAGUGGAAGCUCACCCUUUAAACCCGAACAUCAGUAUGAAUAUUCUCCAUACUUUUCCCAAUACUUUCCUAAGAUAACAAUCAAGAACUGUAGUUGGUGAUCAUUUCCUUUAUUCUCUUUACAAAGAAAGUUCUAUGAGUGAUUUCCACAAAAUCAUCAAAAGAGUUAAUCACAAAUCAAUUGUACUCCUGGGUUUUUUUUCCAAGGAAGCAUUCUCUUGCUUCCUUGAGUUCUGACUCUCUCAAACCUUUCCCUCCAAAGAUUUCGUUAGUAAUUCUCUGUACUGUCUGGCGUACAAUUCUUAGGAUGUUAGUUCAGAGAAUCUGGAAUUGGAUCAACUAAUGAUCCUCUAAUUUUUUCUUUUUUCUUUUUUCUCAUCACUUGUCUGUCUGAUAUUGCAUUGAAAUUUUAGAAGUAAGUUCUGUCCCUGUCACUCGUGGGAUUUGAAGUGUUAAGAGAACCUUUAUCUUUGUAGGUGUGCAUGGGGUCUCAGUAACAUUUUCCAUAAGUGAGGGCAGACACAGCCAUGAGUGGGGUCACUAACAUUGAAAAUCUUAGCAGAUAGCCAUAGGAAUGUAAUACCUCACAGAAGCAGUAGGCCUCCUGUAACCAGAGUUACUUAGACCUCUGCUUAUGCGAGUAUAUGCUGGCUUUUUAUCACUGAGUCUUGUUUCCUUGUAGCGGUCUACCUAUGAGUGGUACAUACCAAAGGGUAUCUUGAAGACAAAAUGGAUGCACAAACAUCUUUAUCUCUCUCCUGCUGUGGUGGUCAUGUUUUAUGAGUUGGAUUGGGAUGACGUUCAGUGGAAAGACAGGCAAACUGAAUGUGCUUCAAAACUAGAAAGAGUCAGGUAAUAACAAGAGAGUGAGAAUGUUAUCUUACCCCUCUAUAACAGCGAACUUUAAUCAGCACUAAUGACAUGACUGAAAAUUAUUAAUAAGUAUUAUGACAAGUGUGGUUUGAUUUUUAGACAAGAGGGUUCCAUUGUAUAUAUUGAUUUUUAUGACAUUGUACAACUCAGAAACUUUAUUCCACGCUCUCUAAUGGAUACACACACAGAAUAAUAUAUCAAACUAACACAUAAAUUUGAGCAAAAAACAAUUGUUUAAUAAACAAAAGAAAAAGACUUUUGUCCAAUCAUCAGCUUAAUUAACAAUUCCUGUGAUUUAGAGUGCUAUUCAAAUAACAACCAUGAAAUACGUUUGUCAUAACAACAGACACUCUGGAAACCUCCUUCUUUACUAAGCAACAAUCAGAUACUUGUAAGUUAUAAUAAGAACAUUACAACUUUUGAAGUUGUUACUUUCGAACUUAUCAGCUCAUUGAAUGCGAAAAAAUAUAACCAGUACAAUGAAUAAUUUUGUAUUCUAUAACUUCAAUCCUGCAUAUUAAACCAUUCAAAGCAAUCUUUUAAUUUCUGAGCAGGACCAGCCUUCAAGACCAGAACACUAAGGUUGCUGUGGUUCUUAUCCAAAAGAAUGCUCCUCUUCCUCCAGGUAAACAUCAAUAAAUACAUAGAAGUCAGAAGAUGAUGUUAUUAAGUAGAGAGUUUAGAUCCAUGUUUAGUGUUUUCAUGCUAACGUCAAACCAUAAGUGACUGCCAGGUCUAUCUUAAAAAUCUGCCAGAGGCAUUACAAUGAGAGUUACAUGUCAUUUAUUGAGCUAUGCAUGGGCUGGAAAAUGGGGAAAAACUGCACCCAAAGUGUUGAGUAUGACUCAAGAGUGGUGUCUGUAAUCAAGGUCAAGGGCACAGUUUCUUCCCACAUAGAAAAACAUGAUUGUAAAACUGUAUUUUAACAAGCUGGACCAGUGACUAGAGUACAAUUAGCCAAUCAAAGUCAAGAAUUUAAGAUUCCAACCUGUUGACAUGCUUCAGAAAAAAAUACAUUAUUUCAUAUUAGUUCCUGUAUCCAAGGACUUGAGUACCCUUCAUGGAGGAAAUUUAUGCUAUUAUAAUGAAUCACAGGUGAUGACCCAGGUGGAAAUCUUAUUAAGAUCUUGGAAGAUCUUGUAAGAUCUUGGAAGAUCUUGUAAGAAUCUUAUAAGAUGGCAAUUAAGAUGAAGAUCUUACUAAGAUCUUAUUAAGAAUUAAUAAUCUUAAUAAGAUCUUGCCAAAUUCUUGAACAAAUCUUAACCAGGUUUGAGCAUUGUAAGAUCUUAAAAGAUCUUAUUAAGUUUAUACAAGAAUCUUGUAAGAAUCUUGACAAAAUUUUACAACACAUGGGGAUUAAGAUCUUGGAAGGUUCUUAACAAGAUCUUACUAAGUUUAUUUAAGAAUCUUGUAAGAAUCCUCACAAAAUUUUACAAGAAAUGGGGUUAAGAUCUUGAAAGGUUCUCAACAAGAUCUUAUUAAGUUUAUUUAAGAAUCUUUUAAGAAUCCUAAAAAAAAUUUUACAACACAUGGGCAUUAAGAUCUUGAAAGUUCUUAACAACAUCAUAUAAAGUUCACUUAAGAAUCUCAGUUGUAAGAAUCCUAAUCUUUAAGAAAAGGAAGAUCUUACAAGCUUCUUGACAAGAUCUUGGUAAGUUUGUUUAAGAAUCUUAAUAAUGAAGUAAGAUCUGUAAAUGUAACAUCAUUAAGAUUCUAGACAGGAUUUCAUCUAAAGUUCAUCUAAGAGUUUUGUAAGAAUCAAAAUUUUAAGAUCAGUAGGAAUUUAAAUGUUCUUGACAAGAUUUUAUCAAGUUUAUUCCAGUACAUUCUUGAGUAACUUGAAAUGCUUAUCCUGUUCUGUUCAUAAGAGAGCAUGGGGAUGCAUAAGGCUUAAAACCUCUCACACAUGAUGUGAAAAAUGCCAUGUCCAAAAGGGGAUCACAUAACGUCAAGUAAGCUUCUAUGGUAUGGUGUGUAAAUUUCAGACCUGAGAACACAAUAUACAUGCAGCUGCUUUCUAAAGAGGUAAUUGUUCCACUGGAAUUAUGGUAUCAGCAGAUUAAAUUUGGACAGACUUUUCAGAUUACAUUUGAUGAUUGAUUAUGAAAUAUACUGAACAGCUAGUUUAAAUAAUCACUAAUCAUGUUCAUAGGGAGUGUCUAGAAAGGGAUUUAACCUUCCCAUCUUUGCCUUGAACAUAAAGACACCCAUAGAUAAUGUCACCACAUUCCACAAGCAAGAGACUUUCGCUGAUAUGGUUCAGAAAAAAAAAAUAUGGCAGUAUGCAGACCAGCCAGAUGGCAGAGUGAAAAGAUGUAUUUAAAAAAAAAUUCAUAGCUAGCUACUUGUAAAAAUAUUUUUCAAGAAAGUUGCAUGAAAUUUGUACUUUCACCAAGGCAUUCCACGCCACUGCGCAUACGCAGAAUUGCAAAUUGUACACUUGAUCGUUGUUGUUAACUGUUUUUGCAUCAUAUCGUUUCGGACAAAGUUUGACAGAAAUUCUACAUUGGUCGAGUGUUGUCUGCCUGGUUGCGAAAUUUAACUGUGCCUUACAGCCCUAAAGAAGAAGAAUGAUUUUGAGAAUUAGGAUUUUACCAACCAAAUUCUUUACAAAAUAAUAACAAAUAAACAUCGGAAAUUUGCAGACCGGUCAGAUGGCAGAAAUUAAAAGUAUUUUAAAAAAGUUUAUAGGUAGUUACUUACAAAAUACUUGCGAGAGUUGCGUGACAUUUUGUACUUUCACUAAGGUUUUCCCCAGUCUCCCGCUACGGCCGGCGCAAAAUUACAAAUUGUUCACUCGACCGUUGUUGUCAACCGUUCUCGCGCCAUUUCGUUUCGGCAAAGUUUUACAGAAAUUUUACUUUGGUUGAGUGUUAUCUACCUCGUUGUGAAAUUUAAUUGUGUCUAAAGCCCUGAAGAAGAAUAAUGAUCUCGAGAAUUAGGAUUUUACAAGCCAAGUUCUUUACAAAAUAACUAAUGUUACUGUCGCUUAAAAUACAGAAAAUGACGCAGUCGGUAAGUAACAUGAGUUUACAGCACACCAGAGGAGAUAAAUCGCGUUUUGCUUUUCUUGUGAAAGAACACUACGAUUACACAUUCAAGGUUGCGAUAUCCUUGUUUUAUUCUGUCACGUGAAGGGGCCUCAGGUGAAUAGUUUACACAUCUAAGCACAUAGAAAGCACACGUAUGAUCUUUGUGCACGACACUCGCUUUAUAACUCAAGGAACACAUUGGUCUUGGUAGUUUAAGUAUCUUGAGAAGAUUUCUAAAAAAACCACUAGUGCACGACUGGUAAUGAAGCAAAUGAAGGCAAAUCAUCCCGAAGGUAAGUGCUACUGACUUUUAUUCAUUAAGUUCACGUUAUCAACAUUACACAUCUGGAAGGUGAUGCGAUAGACUUAUUUCUCGCACUUUUUAGAUUCUUUCAGCAUGGACGAAAAAAGUGACGAUAAGUUUAUGUAAUUGCAAGGCCACGGUAUUUUUAUACAAGGCAAAUCAUAAAAUCUCGUUAGGGUUCGAUUUCGUCAGGAAGCGUUUUUGUUUAGAAUUGAGUGGAAACUGACACGAGAUGUAACGCUAUCAUCAUCAAAACCCCGUAACGGCGGCUGCUAACCUUACUGCACUUGUAGCAAUUCUCUCAAGUCAGUUUUAAUCCAGAUUGUUCUGGAUUUAAGUGUUGUAGGCAGAAUCAUCGUAGCUUCCAGUCGUCUCGCAUGGAAAUGGUUCACAAUAAACAAUUAAUUUGUCUUCGGCUUUACUAAUAACCACUAGAAGUUAAACUAGAAGGGUGCAAUAACAACGCGAAAUCGAUUAUGGAAUUCCUUUAUUCCCAAAUAAUUAUAAAUUGCCACGUUCUACUUAAAAGUUUCCACUGGUGAGGAUGAUGAUGAAAGCCAAACUGGGUUUGAUUAUCACGGCCGUGUCCACAGUAGUGGAAAUCUUCCCAAAAGCAAACAAAAUUACCAAAAAUGGGAAGUUCUUCUGAUGAUGUAAGAACUCUAAAUACUCAAUGUUGGUGCAUGAUAGUUCAUUUCCCCCCCCCCCCCCCUUCAAGACUUCAUUGACUUAGAUGGCUUAAGGCAGAAUUUUGGCACUGUUAUCCUGUUAAUUUUACUCUAAUACAUUCAAUACCUGUAUUAAUUCCAUGCAACAUUUUUUGUAUUUUGUUUGGUUCUGUUUAGUUUUUAUUUGUUUUGUUUUGUGAAUGUGUGUGUAUUUUUUUCUGGUUUUCAUUUAAUGCUGAGUUAUGAUUCCUUGCUUCCCUUUCUCACAAUUUUCUUUGUUCUAAAGGUUAAUGAAACUUAAUUCAGUGGAGGGAUUGCUCAAGAAAUGUAAACAUUUUUUCAAUUCAUAUUCACAGGAGAACUGGAGAGAUAGGAUCACCUGUAAAAAUGAUUGUAUCCUGAAUAAAGUAGACUUUGAGUCCCAUCUUAAUGCUACAAGCACAGAAUGGGAUAGAAGGGUGGCAACUCCUCUGAUUGUAAAAAGGUAAUUUUUCAUUUAUCAACUUUUUGUGGGAAUUGGGAAUAGCUGUUUCAGCAGUGCAAAGCGUAAACAAAGUUUGUUGGAUUGGAGUUGGGCAGUGCAAAUUGCCAAGAUUCAUAACUGGGAACUUGUACAUAAAAAUUUUGCUCUUAAAGAUGAUAAAUUCUUGUUAAAGAUAGUCACUACCUCCUUUUCUUUGCAUACAGAUGAGGCAUGAUGGUGAUCAAGGAGAACCAUUGAGAAGCUCCUCCCCUCUAUCUUAGUAAGUACUCCUCACAAGUCAGGCUACUGAAAGAUGGAAUUGAAGUCAGAGCAACAAUUCUACUGCAGACAAUAGAUUAUGAUACUUAAUUAUUUAAACACUGAGGGUUUUUUUUCCAAUCUUGAUUCUUGUCUCCUAACAUGUUACAUUUCAUUUUAGAUGUACAAUGAAACCAAACUCCUAUUACUCCUCUCUGGCAGGGAUUUUAAAAAAUACGCUCUCAAGGUUUUUAGUAUAUUUUGUACCUGUAUACAAAUUACUAUUUUCUUUUUUUCUUCCCACAGGAGCCAUAAAACAGAAAUUUGGUGAUGCCCAAAUGAAUAAGAGGUGGUCUCAAAUAAGGCUCUACUUGAAUAAAAAAAUUGCUUGGAUUCCAAGAGAAAAGUUCAAAAUGUAGAGGGCAAUGUUGACAAGUCCGUAGACUGAAUGAACUAAGGUUUGGUUGAUAUUUGUACAAAAUUGAAACAUAUGCAAAUUUACUUGUCAAGUAGCUGUCAAAUUGACUAAAAUGCCAACUUAGAUGAGUGAUAGUGAGCUUUAAUUCUUUGAACACGUUUGCUGCAAUACAAAAUUUUGUUGUUUUUUUUUUGUUUUCAUGCUUAAAUUACUCUAAAAAAAGAAAAACUAUUUCAGUUUGAAUCAAACGAAGAACAAUUUAAAACUGGGACAUGCCUUUAGUUAUUAUGGCUUUUUUGUGAAAGGAUAACUAUGGUAGUUCAAAUCAAACUGUCAAAUGACUCCAACAAUUAAAACAAUUGUUUUUUUAGAUUUUUAAAACACACCGAAGGGAAGAACAAGAACUCUUCUUGUACAAUUGUCAUUUAAAUCGUGCAUGUUUACCAGUUAAUGUUUCUUAUCAAGAUCUUUUUUAGUAAUUAAUUUCACAGUGUUGAGAAUUUGAAAUAAAUUUUGCUUAAAUGUUGGAUGAAGAAAUUCUUUCUUAGUUGUGAUCUCCAUUCCUCGAUCAUCCAGUUACUGCAUAUUGCAUAAACCAUCAGUUACCUACUAUGGUCUGAAAAAAAUGUGAUAUUUAAGAAUUUUUACAGAUUCUGCAAAAGUUCUUGUAAGUUGUUUGAAAAUCUCACAAGUUCUUGUAAGUUCUUUUAGAGAUCAUUCAGACAUUGUUUAGAAUCUUAACAAGUUCUUUUGAAAACUUGUGAAGGUACUUAAUUAAGAUUCUUGUCACAGGAAUCCUACCAGAUCUUGUAAGAUUCUUGUAAGUUUCUUACUAAGAUACUUAUCAAGACUCUUAGUUAAGAAUCUUAGGAUCUGGUAAGAUCUUGUCACAAGAUUCUUACAGGAAUCUUGUAAGAUCUUACAAGAUCAGGUAAGAUCUUGUCACAAGAUUCUUACAAGAAUCUUGUAAGAUCUUGUCACAAGAUUCUUACAAGAAUCUUGCAAGAUCUGGCAAGAUCUUACCACAAGAUUCUUACAAGAUCUUGUAAGAUCUUACAAGAUUCUUGUAAGAAUCUUGUGACAAGAUCUUACAAGAUCUUGUAAGGUCUUACAAGAUUCUUAAUUAAGAAUCUUAAUAAGAAUCUUAGUAAGAAACUUACAAGAAUCUUAGUAAGAUCUUAAUAAGAUUUCCACCUGGGGAUUUGCAAGCACUAGAGAGGGCAGCAACACUGUGCAGUGCAUGUGACCUGUCAGCCAAAUCAUUGUUUGUCCUUCCACAUACAGAUCACUUGAUUGGCUACACAAUUAGGUAUUUGACGAACAAAAUUUAUCAUUUUAGAUUGAUUUUGAUGAGAUUGGUUUUCAUUGAGUUUGCAGUUGAAUGUAAAAGCCCAACCUUUGUCAAAUAUAGGAAAAGAUUUAUUUAGUAAGAGUUUCAUAUUUUUUCUAUUGUAUUUAUUGUAGCUGAUCAAGAAAAGUUACAAAACAGGACACAAUAAAGACUAAGUUAGUUAGAAUUAUUUGGAAAAAGUGACAGUGAAGUAGAAAGAAAUUGAAAAGCUUUUACAUGAGUAAGCCUCAGACUCUAUUAACCCUUUAACUCAGUCUCAAGAUUUCAUUAGUAAUUUUCUUUACUGUCUGCCAUACAAUUCAUAUGAUGUUUGUGUGGAGAAUUUGGAAUUGGAUCAACCAAUAAUCCUCCACUGGAUAUUUUUUCUUUAUUCUCAUUACUUGUCUGCUUGAUAUUGUACUGAUGUGUGAGGAGAAAUUUUGUCUUGGUCACUGGUGGGACUUAAAGGGUUAAACUAACUUUAGACUCACUACAAGUUGUUUAGUUACUUACAUGGGAUGAGAAUGUUUUAAAAAUAAGGGAAUAUCUAUCAGAAAAUCAGAUGUUAUCAGCAUUUAUCAAGACUUUCCCAAGAGAGUUAACAGCCUCUCUAUUGAUUUGUGUUUUCAUCUGAUUAACCCUUUAACUCCCAGAUCAAAUUUGUAAUUCUCCUUACUGUCAACCAUACAAUUCUUAUAAUAUUAUUUUGGAGAAUUUUUGAUCAGAUCAACUACUUAUCCCCAAAUUGAUAUUUUUCUUUAUUCUCAUCUCUAAUCUAGUUGAUAUUGUAUUGAUAUUGUAAGGAGAAUUUCUGUCUUGGUCACUCAUGGGAGUUAAACAGUUGAAUGAUCAUAUUACAAGUUAUCGUAGUCAUUCAUGGGACAUGAAAUUCAUGCCUCUUCAAAAUAAAAAAGGAACAGGUUUGAAACUUAUGAGAUAAAUAUUUCUUCUUCUUCUUUUUUUUGUAAGGCUGGAGAAUGCUUUUUAUGAUUUAGCACAGAGUUAUUACCAUGGAGAAUGUAGGAGAGUUAAAGCCCACAAGGUGAGGUUGCAAUUCUGGAAAUUUAAGGGAGUAGGGAGAAGGUCAAGUUAUUAAAAUCCCAGCCAGGAGGAAGCAACAAGCCUGUAUUUGCUUCAUGCUACAGAAACUAGGGAGAUGCAGUGGCAAAUGUAAUAAACUUUGUCCACUGUUGAAUGGUCCUUGUCUAAAAUUUAUUUUCAACUGUCACUGUCUACAUCGUCUUGUACAUAGAUGAUACGUAGAUGGAUGACACAGAUUGAAGAUGAGGCCACAGUCUCUGAGUGUCUUGAAUUGAAUUUUCAACUAGUCAGUAAAAGGGGAAAAGAUAGCACUCUGGUUAGCUUUUUGGACUCUUUUGGUUUAACUGCCUUAGUUCGACAUAAAUUCAUGCUAAAGCCAUUGGGUUUUUUAGUAGGACACUCCCCCUGUACUAAGUAAAUUUCUCUUCUCAGAUCAAGGACAGAAAAGUAUCAGUAACUAAAACUGUCUGUUGGAAAAUGUGCCAAAAUUCUGGGUCAUGUACAAUCCUGUAUAACUUGCCUGGUAGUGCAAUGUAAUGUUUUUAUAGAUUACCUUUUCACUAGCCAGAAUUACCAUCAAAAUAAUUUUGUUGUAGCACAAAAAGUAAAAUUUUAUCAAUAUACGGAAUGAAGAGACACUUAUUAUGUUUUCAUGCUCUUUAUGAUCAUUAGGAAUUUCUUAACAAAGGAACUCAUCAGGUGAGAACUUUAAUUUGCAAAAGUGAUCUUUGUAUGUCAAUAAUUUGAUGUGAUCGAUUCUACUCAAACUACAGAACUACAUUUAAUGAAAGGCUGAGGGAAAGAGUUACCAAGAAUUCAUAGCAGAAAAAGCUUGUUGAUGUCAGCUUUGAAGGGUGUUACUUUGAAAUGUUUCUCAUUCGGUGUCUUUUUUUUGCUACCCUCUUAUAUAUAUAUUAUUAUUAUAUUCCACCAAAGACAUCACUGACCACAUUUUGCUUUGCAAAUGGCCUCAACAAUUCAUAAAUCUCUUAUUUUGCUUCUCUACUGUUGUUGUAGCUAUUGUUGGUGCGACACCAAUUCAAGGUUGCCUUUUUCAAUGAGCUAAGACAAGACCCUCACUCUGCUAUCAAGUAAGUUCCUCAGUAUUUAUUUUUUUAUUGAUCUUACAAUGACAACAAUUAGUUGGCCAAAAGGUAGAUCUCAGUGUUUCCCUUUUUUUCAGUUAAGGGAAAGAAAAGGAACUUUCAGGGCUGUAUUAGCCAACUUUCUGUUAAGAAACUUUUUUGAGAAAAGAAAAUAUAAAGAGGAAAAGUAGAAAUGAAAAUUUUGAAAAGGACACCUUGUGAGAAUAUUAAACAAUAUACUUUCAGCUGACAGCAAUGCUUGUCUCUGAAAUGACCAGCAAUUAGUGUAGGAUUUUCACAAGGUAUCUCAAGGUUUAGAACUAGGACAGUGGAGGAGAAGGAGCAAUUUUUUUUUUUAUGAAAGAAAAUGACAGAGAGUUAAAAGUUGUUCUGCCUUGCCACAUGACAGCCAAAGACAGUUUACAAAAUUGGCAACUCCUGCCACAGAUUUCUUCCCCCAAUAUUUUCAGUCUUCCUGCCUUGGAGAUCUCUCAACAUAAACUCCCAAGUUAGUUACAUUUGCAUAUUAACAUACCAGACAUCAGCUGAUUGAUGUAAGACUUUUUUAAUUUUUAACCCCAGGCACUACAGGCAAGCAUACAGUCUUCUUGGAGAAAUCAAGACAACUGACAUGAACAUACUAGAGAUCAAAGUUGUUGCUGGAUUUAUUAAUUACAAGGUUUGUGUUUUUUCAUAUUUUAGAACUCUAAUCAAUAUAUAUUUGGUGUAUACCAUUGUAAUAAUAGUAACAUAAAAGUAAUGAUGUGAAGAAGACAUUGUACAUCUUGGAUGAGUUAAAGACAUGAUCUCUUAUCACGUAAUUUUACAAUUUUUGGGAUUAUGUACUCCUUUUGUCAAAUAUGCAAGGUAAAUUUUUCACCAGAUACCUUAAUUGUGCUGUUAAAUCAAAAGAUCUCCAUCUGUAAUUCUAAGUCUGAGGUGAACAGUCAAGUCGCUCUUAAGUGGGCACUUUAGGGAGGUGGCCAUUUAAAAAGUUUAUUUUAGAAAAAUAUAAUCAGAAAGUUACGAGUGAACUAUGGUACAGUACUUAUUUGGUAUUUAUUAAUUCUUGAAAUCAGUUUACCCACUUAACCAUCCAAUUUCAUUUCAGAAUGAAACUACAUUAUAGAAUGUGUCACUUACAAUGUUGAUGAAAUAUUCCUUAUUUCUCUCUGAUUUUAUAACAAACCUGUCAGUGACUGCUUAUGAGAAACAGUACCAAAAAUGUGUCCAACAUUUUUUAAUAUGGUCACUUACAGGAGUGUUUUGGAAACAGUGACAAACAGAAACAAAAUGGUUAUUGGCAGAGUGGUCACAAAAAAACCAAAUAUCUUUGAAAACAUUUGAUGCUAAAUUUAGAUUCAGUGGAAUUUAAAUGUCCUAUGGGACCAAUAUAUCUGGUGAUUUAUAUCCCUCCUACAACAUAUAUUACAGACUUUUGAGUUAUCCUGACAACCAAACAGUAUUAAUCAAUUUUUAUUAAUUGUCUCACAGAUUUGUCGUCUAAGUUUCCAAGCAUCAGCCCCAUUAGAUGCCAUAUCACAAUUCAGAAAGCAUGUGGAUUUGUUUAAGGAAAAGGUUGGCUGCCCUGACUUAGCCUUUGAACACUCAGCCUGGCUCUCCAAACAGUGAGUAUUUUUUCUGUUUAGCCUCCUCACUCUUAACUGGAAGGUCUGCAUUCAGUUUGUUUUUUGGGCACUUACAUAUGUACAGCUAAAGUACCUCCCUCCACCCCAGAGUUGAAAUAAGUAUCGGCCAAUUAUGAAGGGAAUUUGACAAAAAUGCUGGGGGGUGGGGGUAGGGGGUAAUCUAAAAGACCUAUAUGUAGCAUCAAAUCUAGAGAGAGAACUUUUAGUCUCUUUAUGCUACAGAAACCAUGGUAAGCUUUGAUGUGGUGAGUCCUCUUUGGUUUGUGUUCUAGAAGGUUUUUGCUUUCAAAGAAACCCAAGCUGUGACCAGGAUCUAACAACUCUUGUUUCUUAACAAUAUUAGAUCAAGAACAGGUCAAGUUGAAGUGAAAUUUUUGACUGAACUUUUCAACAUAAUGGAACUGAAAUGAUGAAAACAGGAGACUUUUAAAUAAUUGUUAGUCAGUUCAAUGAUGAAUAAUUGUCAAAGUUAAUACAACAUGCUGUAUGGUAGGGAAUUAUAGAGGCUUAAUCAAUAACAAACUAUGUGAAAAAUUAACACAGGUUCAGUUUAUUUGGAGAACUGUUUGAUGAAGCCAUCAGAAAUGGUUUAACCGCCUUACAGGUAACAAUGUAGAAGAUCUGUGUUGGCAUAUUGGUUUAAUGAAUGAAAUAUUUAUUUAUUAAAUCUACAAACAACAAUAGAUCUGUAAGAAGAGAAAGAAAUUCUUACUAAUUAUGUUACUAAGUAUUCUGAAUUGGUAUUUAGAAUAAAGAAAAAAUUGUCUCCCAUUAUGCUAUAUCUCUUAUGAUAAUUGUAUGCAAUAUAAUGGAGUGUUUUUCUGUUUUAAAGGUACUUUUUGUCAUCUCUUAACAAUCAUGAUGAUCUUUUCUCCCUAAUUAAAUUUUGGCUAUAAAAGAGAGAGGCACCUUAAUAAAUAGGAUUGAUGUAAAUGUGCCCAAACAAAUCUGGUCUAGUGACUGAUUAGAGUGUCCAAAUCAGUCAUACUCUCAGAUUCUGGUAAAGACUUAACUGUUACUUUAUUACAGACUCAACACCCAGGAUUUUACUAUCAACAAGCAGCAAACAAUGCCAUUGUCAGGAGACAGCUUUGCCAGGGCUUGUGUCAUGUAAGUAAAAUUAUUAUCAUGCCAGAGGAUUGCUGAGAAAGAUCUGAAGGAACAGUGACAGACACAAACUCAAAGGAGCAAUAUUUUUCUUAAUGAAAGUGACCAUUUUUUUAUCAUUAGUUGAAACUUACCAAUAAAAAUUUGAAGACUAGAACUGUCGGCCUUAGUUAAUUUUGAAGUACAAAUUAUUUCCAAAGAACUUUUCCUGGAGGGCCUUACCCAGAUAAAUUGGGCUACAUACUUGUGCACAUGGGUGGACAUAGCUACAAUGGAGGUCAAAGCUUGUUCGGACAGUUAUCAAAAAGAUAUCCUAAAUCCAAACAUAUUACAAAAGGCCAUCUUUUGCCAAUUCAGCUGUGUACAUAGAACUCCCCCCCUCUAACAAUGUUGGUAAGUUUAGGCACUACAUCCUGGUAACGUUUACAAAGCACACAAAAUUUGAAAUUGUUUGGGGGAGGGGCAGGGAGGUUUUGAUAUAAGUAAUAUUGCCUUAGACUUUAAACCACCCUUGUAGUGUGGGAUAAUGUUGAAUGUAAACUAGUGGCAAGAAAGGGUCAUAGAUUCCCUUCAAAGUACACCUAACCAAAAACUAAUUAACUACCACUCAAAAGGGUCAUUUGUUUUCUGCAUGUAAUUAACUUUUAUUGUUCAUUGAGUCUGAUGAGUUACUUUUUAGUUAAUACAUUGGAAUCUGUUAUUAAUUCAUCUCUAGACUACCACUCCACUUACUAUGAAUCCCUUAGAAAAUGCUGGAAAUCUCGACUUCUAUGGUCAGAGACCUUGGAGACAAGGUUUUCAAGGUAACUGCAAAUAUAUAAUUUUUUUCCUCUGGCAGUGUUUUUUAGAGUAAGUACAAAAGGUGUUGAGACACUCAGUAAGUUUCCUUUGCUAAACCAUGUACUGGUUGAAAAGCUCAGUGUUAGAAUUUUGUUCCAUUUGAUAAGAGAAAACUUUUUGUGUAUUAAAAACACUCUGUCGGAAUGAAACUUGAUCUGUUGAGAUGCAAUACUUUCCUUUAAUUUGUAGAACUGCUGGGUUCAUUUGACUUAAUAUAUUUGUAGGAACAGAACCACCAGAUGCAGGAAUAGAGAAGGCUGGAAUUAUAGCCUUGCAGUCCCAAGAAAUCCAAGUGGACCAUUCUGUAAGUGCACUGUAUUGUUUGGCAGACUUUCAUUUCAAGAAAAUUAAGAUCAGAUAAAUGUCAGGGAGAAGUCAUGGUGACAAAUUAAGUUUAAAUGCAAGGUUAAUAUGACUGUAAAUUUUUGGUUGCGCACAAUUGCAUCAAUGAGCUUUCUAGCCAAACCAAAGCAAUUAUGAAUUUGAAAUCCCAAUUGCCAGUAUUACAUAAUACCUUGUUAGCAAAUACUCUUACCAUCAAUCUCUUUAUUUAUGCUAACCUACUUUGUAUAUUUGGUUGAGGUACUUAGAAUAUUGGCUCCUUUUUUUUCUCUCACAGUGGGUUAUCAUUCCCCUUCUCAGUAGUAUAUUUGGUUGAGGUACAUAGAAUAUUGGCUCCUUUUUUUUUUUCUCCCAGUGGGUUAUCAUUCCCCUUCUCAGUAGUGCAGUGGCUCAGUUUAAAAAGUACAAAUCACCCAGGAUGAAGAGAUACCUGAGUAAGUUCUCUCUUUUUUCACUUUAACCCUUUAAACCCUAAGAGUGACCAGCAUCAAAUUUCUCCCUAAAAUAUCAGCCCUGAAUCACAUGUUAAGGUCAUGAGAAUAAAGGAAAUGAUCACCAACCAAAGAGGCUUUUGAUUGGUGAACAAAAUCUCCUUGUCAGCACCUUAGGAAAUGUAUAAAGAACAGUAUGGAGAAUAUAUAGACUGAUUUUAGAGUGUAAAGGGUUAAGAACUUAGCAAGAUGCAACUAAAAGCUUUUGUUUCUUCAUGACAAUGUACAUGUAGUGCUUUUAAAAGUUUUUUUUAUUAAAUUUACGAAGCAGAGUGAUAUAGUGUACAUAGUCGAGGUCUAUUGGCUUUUCUUAUCUAAUUAUCAAUAUGACAAUAAUAUGCAAUAAGAAUACUUGAUAAAACAUAAGGAUACAACUGUACGUUGAAUAGUAGUUACAAUGAUGAUUAAUAUUGCAUAUGGAUAACUGGGCAAGCUAAUCAUUUUCUACUGUAUGCUCUGAAGUUCUUUCAUGUUCACGUUAACAACAAGUCUUUUUUGUUAAUUCUGCAGUGGUUCAGAUGGGUGAGGAGUAUUACCAUGCUAGAGAUUACAGUAAAGCCUUAUUGUGAGUGUAGCAUAAGAGAAUGUUUCAGUUUAGAAUCAGUGGUGAUCAAGUAUUGUACCACAGGCAGGCCAGGCCGUUUGAAGCGUCUUCCUACGAAAUUACUUUCGGCCGGAGGCCGUUGCGUGAAAGUAAUUUCGUGAAAAGACGCUGACAUACCACAAAAUGAGUUGAUUAAUAUUCCAUUUAACUUUAUUGAGGAAUUCAGACCAAAAUGUCAUUUAGAUAUGCAUUUUUCAGGGAUUUAUUCAUAACCCUCGUAGAUUUCUUCUUUAAGGUUGUUGGGAAAAGUCACCUGGGAUUACCGCAGAGAAAAAUGGUGGUCACUUCUUACGUCAGUUUUAAUCACAUCACUGAGGUACUGUUUUUUUGUAGUAAGUGAGACAAGAUUUGUACUCUCCAGCUCUUGUUUCUGAGAACUCAACAUGUAAACAUUUUCAGUUGAAAUAAUCUGAAUUUACUUGGUUUUGCAUUACCUUGCUUUGUGAUUGGUCUUGAAAACACGCGCUACCCUCUCAACCAAUCAGGUGUAAAAUUGAAACCAAUGGCGCCUUGGUAACGCGCGUUUUCCCGCGCUUCAGGCAGCUUACUUGUUUCCUCUUUAAGUUAUCCCUUGUGAUAUUUACCUUCGCUGUGAUUGGCUGUUGGGUUUACCUUGGUUGUGGUUGACAACACAUUAUUGAAAAGCCCUCAAGCGUGAGCAUCAGGGAUAGUAUGUCGAGGUUGGUGGAAGUUUGGCUCAUUUACGACACGGACACAGCCAACUCGGACAGACGGAAUAAUUCCACGUCUGUUCAGUUGGACUGCUACAAAGCCAAAAAUCAAAGUUUGUCUUCUUGUUUAACGUCAAAUUAUUGCCAAGAGGUUGUUUAUGAAUAGCAAUUUUGGUGUAAAACGUUCAAAACAGUUUUUCUCAACUUCAAGUUUUAGAUUUAUUUAUUCGUAUAUCCUUAGUCUUCUUAACUUUUAUUGCAGGUGUGCGUACUUGGUUGGCAAUGUGGAGGAAUAUAUCACCCUUUCGCUUGAAUUUACAGGAAGAUGUAUCCUUGAAAAUGCUGCCUAUCAUUUGAAUAACUGACUGUAGUAUUUUUUUCUGGGUGAAGUGAUUCUUUCAGUUAGAGUUAUUUUCAAUGCAAAGUGAUGUGGGAUUGCAUUGGUGUAACUUAGCUUCGUUAUGUUAUUGGUCAAGAAAACUCGCGCCAUUUUCUCAACCAAUCAGAUGCAAAACUAAAACCAACCACGACUUGGUCUUCCGCGUUUUCCCGCGCUUCAGGCAGGGUGCCUGUUUUUGCUUUGAGUUCCUAUUGGUUCUUCAUGCUAGUCACUCUUAUGGGUUAAAGGGUUAAAUUGGUUUCCAAGUCAGGUGGAGAGGCUGAAAAGCGCCUUCAAAACGCAAGGUAUUCUUGGGCAACCAACUAGUAAGGUUGCAAAAUUUGGGAACUUUAGGAUAAUAUUGACAUUUGUAGUUGUAUUAAGCUGUGCAGAUUUUGCCCGAGUCAAAUUUACUGCGGUGUAAUACGUUGAGAAAACAUCUUACCUAACAUUUGUUAUUGUAUUAGUGGUAAAGUCCUUGAUUCAAGAAAACAUCAGAUGUUGAAAAUUCACCUGAAGAGAAAACAAGAUGUCAAACUAAUCUUAUUCACGUCAUGUCGGUAAGGACUUACUGCCAAUGGUCGUUUAAAGAGGAUUUAUGGAGGAACUUUUAUUGUAGAAUGAGUUUACGCUGAUUUUUUUCUGUUUUUGUCAUCUACGACCCUGACACUGGUUAUUUAGAAAUAGAAAGCACGCGCGCGGCUGAACGCGAGUUAAACACGCGGAAAAGAGAGUUUCUUUGCCCGCAUGGCUGGUCUUUCGCGCGUGGAUAACUCGCUUUUCGUCGAGCGCUUACUACAGGACAAGCAUGUUACGAAAGACAACUGAAUUUUUAUCACUGUAUCGUUUCUUAUUUUUCAUUGGAAUUACAAACAGAAUGAAUGUCCUGAGCCCGAGCCAGGCUGUGACUUUGAAGCAGUGGAAGAAGCUAAGGAGCUAUGGAAAACACUUAAAGUGACAGCACAGGCACCCCAAGUAUUUACCAUACAGAUGGAACAAAUAGCACCAUUUGGUAAG